AGCCUCUUUUGCAACUUUCCCAAGUUUGUGCAUGAGAGGGAGAGGAGGAAAACUCAGAAGGAAGUGGCUUAGCCUCAACAAACUCUUUUUUACUCCCAAAGCCUUUUUCCUCUGACCCGGCUGAGACUGCUGCUCUAAGAGGAGACCCCCGACUCAGAGAGAACCCCCGCCUGCCGUCAGAGGCUGAAAGGGCCCUGCAAGCUUUUCUCGGUUCCUGUCUAUUCCAGCAGCCCCAGAGGCUCUGAAGCCCCUCCAUGAAUCCUCGGAAGAAGGUGGACCUCAAGCUCAUCAUCAUCGGAGCCCUGGGUGUUGGAAAGACUUCCCUCCUCCACCGAUUCGUGCACAAGACAUUUUACGAGGACUAUCAGACCACACUGGGAGCCAGCAUCCUCUCCAAGAUUAUCAUACUGGAUGACACAACUUUGAAGCUACAGAUCUGGGACACAGGAGGACAGGAGCGAUUCCGCUCCAUGGUGUCUACAUUCUACAAAGGCUCUGAUGGCUGCGUCCUGGCUUUUGAUGUCACUGACGUGGAGACCUUUGAAGCCCUGGAAACCUGGAGGGGUGAUGUUCUAGCCAAAACCAUUCCAAUGGAGCAGUCCUACCCCAUGGUGGUGCUGGGGAACAAGAUCGAUCUGGCAGACCGGCAGGUGCCACAGGAGGUAGCCCAAGACUGGUGUAAAGAGAAGGAUAUUCCCUAUUUUGAAGUCAGUGCCAAGAAUGACAUCAAUGUGGUACAAGCCUUCGAGAUGCUGGCCAGUCGGGCUCUGUCAAGGGAAGGUCAUGUGCUCAUUCACACCAGCCCAGAGUAUUUGGAGAGGAAGACGUGAGAGGUGCUGCUAGAAUAAGGAGGGAGCCGCAGCCUGGGGUGGGAAGAGCUGGGCUCUGAAGCCGGUAUCGAAGCGUCUUAGAGAAUUACCUCACAGACUCCAUCAAGCUCUCACCAGAAGGCCAGUCCAAGAGCAGCUGCUGCUGACCUUCCAGACUCCCGCUCUGCACACCCAGGGACAGAGCAUGCGCAAGGCCUGGUCAUCCUGGGCCCCCAACAGCCCCACUGCCCGCCGAAGCUCAGAUGGCAGUCCAGGCUCUGCGGCCAGAGCCCUGAAUCCCUCACAUCUGCGCGGGACCCAGAACCAGAGGGCGGCCCUGCCUCAGGCUGAGUGUAGAGAGGCCGGGGCUGGGCCCUUGAGCCUGGAUGAAACCCCGGAUGCCACAGCCAAACCCCAGAGGAGUCACGAUUCCCUCGUGGACUCCAGCUUUCUUGCCACACGCCCUUCCCAGCCACACCCCUGCUCCAGAACGCACAUCUCUGCAGACAGGCCGCUCUCUCUGGAGUCCUGUUAUAUUCUCCUACGGACUGGCCUUCCUCAGCCCAACCACCACACCCCCCCAAGAGCCACAGCACAGCUUUGGACAAGGGUACAGCUCAGGCUCCCUCGUAACCGGGGCCAGGGAGUGAGGGUCUACCUCAACCCCUGGCAGCAGCUGUUCAGACCGGGGACACUCCCGUUUGUCCCCUCCAGAAUGCAGGACUGAGGGAGCGCAGGAAAAACCCACCGGGGACUGGUGCAUUUCUCCCUGCUGGUGCUCAGGCAACUCCCAUAACUCUCUUUGAGCUUCAGCUUAUUCAUCUGUCAAAUGGGAGUCACAUGUGCCCUGCCCACAUCAGUGUGGUUUUGAGGACCAGAACCUCUGCUUGAAUCUCAGUUGCUCUUGUUGAGAUACAUUUACUAUUCUUUCAACAAGUAUUUUUGAGUAUCUACUAUGUACAAUGCAUUGAGGUCCAGUGACAAAUGUAACCAACCUUGCUCUCCUGGAUCCGACAUUCUGGCGAGGGAGAGAGGCAGGAAACACAGAAUUUAAACAGGUAUUUUCAAAUAGCAGGUAAGUGCUUGAACAAAGUGAAACAAGGUAAUGGGAUAGAGAGGGACAGUUGGGUGCUGUUUCAGACGAAGUAGUCCAUGAAGGCUUCCCUGGGGAGGUGACAUUGGCUCAAAGGCUAGAGAAUGAGAAAGGGGCUGCCACCUGAACUUGACAAAGAACAUUCUGAGGAGAGGUUGCAUCAAGGACAAAGGCCCCAGAUCGAGGACAAACUUGUGUUCCAGGAACAGUGAAAAGAUUAAUUUAUCUGAGGACUCAAGAUUUUGGAUCAUCUUUACUGUCAUUAUUCUGAAUUAUUUUUCAGGUUUCACCCUCAACAACCAGGUACAGCAGACCAUCACCAUGCAGUAUGCAUGCAGCAAACUUGGCAUCGACUUUGACAGCUUCCUUGCUUGUAUGAUCCGCCUGGAGACCCUCUUCAAACUGUUCAGCCUUCUGGACAAGGACCAGAAUGGCAUUGUCCGGCUCUCUCUGGCAGAGUGGCUGUGCUGUGUGUUGGUCUGACCCAGGGUUCUGGACAUCAGUGACGCUCCCUGCCAGCCUGCCUGCCUCUUUUCUCCCUUUCUUUACAGUUUUGUGAACAUUUAUCCUCAGGGGAGCAUUCACUGGUUAUUCACCUCUUCCUUGCCAUUUGUUGUUCCCUGAGAUCCUGGCCUGUCCCACUGGAGCAGUCCCGGGAGCCCGAGAUCUCUUUCAGCAGCAUUUAAGCUGAUCCCAGAGCACAAUGGAGAGACAGAAAUUAAUUAAAGUUGUGAGCCAAAAUGGUUUCUGCCUUCCUCUAGUGAUAUGUAAUCUGGGGGGUGCCCUGGGGUGUUCCUGCUUUAGAAAAGAUGUUCUUGAGCAAUGAUGCAGCCCAAAGCUGCUGAAAGAUGGGAAAUGUGGGUGAAUUUCUUGGAGGAAAGGCCUGCUAUAGAUUAAACUGCCUCCGGGGACUGCCUUCAGGAAAGGAGCUGCUCCCGCCCUUCCGAGGAGGGCGCAGGGAGGGUCUGCUGGGGGGAGAGGCCUUUCUUCCUCACACGCAGACGGGAGAAAUUGCUAUACUGCAGGUCAGCAUGGGCUAAAGGAAAGGAAAGGAUAGGAAAAUUCUUGCUGAGGGGAAUUCUUACCUGACAAAUAGCUUGAGGGGAAAUGCAGUUCAGGUUAGUUUUGCUCAUGGCGGAACACAGCGAUCUUUGUUGUUGGUAAGAAAAUAGGUGCCAUAGCCUAGUGUCCUAAUGGGUAGUUGGAGACAGAGCUGACUCUCAUACGCAGAUGUUGGAAAUGAAGUGUACAGGAAGAUGAGUGUCUUAGUCAGUUUGGGCUGUCUGAGCAAAUACCAGAGACCAGGUGGCUUAUAAAAAACAGACACAUUUUCUCACAGUUCUGGAGGCUAGAAGUCCGAGAUCAGAGCAGCAUAGUUGGGUUCUGGAGAUCUCUCUCAGACUAUAGACUUCUCAUUGUGUCCUCACAGGGUGGAGAGCAGAGGGGAAGCAAGCUCUCUCAUGAUUCUUGGAAGAACGCUAAUCCCAUUCAUGAGGGGCCCACCCUCAUGACCUUAUCUAACCCUAAUUAGCCCCCCAGGUCCCACCUCCUGAUACUACCACGUUAGGGGGUGGGGUUUCAACGUAUGAAUUUGAAGGGGAUACAACCAUUCAGCCCAUAGCUGUGACCUACUGGAGAGAAAACACACAUUUAUGCCUUGGCCUCUCUAUUAGUCUGAUUAAGGAUUAAUUUUUGACCUCCAGAAGUAGAGCUGGAUGAAUGUUCCUUAUAGGAACAUGAUUUAUAAGUAUGGUAUAACAGCCAUCAGCUUUUUUUUUUUUGAAGUAUAGUUGAUUUACAAUAUUGUGUUAGUUUCAUGUGUAGAGCAAAGUGAUUUAGUUAUAUAUAUAUAUAUUUUUUCAGAUUAUUUUCCAUUAUAGGUUAUUACAAGAUAUUGAAUAUAGUUCCCUGUGCUAAACAGUAGGACCUUUUUGUUUAUCCAUUCUAUAUAUAAUAGUUUGCAUCUGCUAACUUCAAUCUCCCAAUCCAUCCCUCCCCCCUUCCUCACCCUUGGCAACCUCAAGUCUGUUCUCUAUGUCUGGGAGUCUGUAUCUGCUUUGUAAAUAGGUUCAUUUGUGUCAUAUUUUAGACUCCAAAUGUAAGUGAUAUCAUAUGGUAUUUGUCUUUCUCUUUCUGACUUACUUCACUCAGUAUGAUAAUCUCUGAUUGUAUCCAUGUGGCUGCAAAUGGCAUUAUUUUGUUCUUUUUAUGGCUGAGCAGUAUUCCAUUGUGUAUAUAUAUAUAUAUAUAUAUAUAUAAACCACAUCUUCUUUAUCCAUUCAUCUAUUGGUGGACACUUAGUUUGUUUCCAUGUCUUGGCUAUUGUAAACAGUGCUGCUAUGAACAUUGGGGUGCAUGGAUCUUUUUGAAUUAGUGUUUUCUUUUUUUUCCCUGGAUAUAUAUCCGGGAGUGGGGUUGCUGGAUCAUAUGGUGGCUCUAUUUUUAGUUUUUAAAGGAUCUUUCAUACUGUUUUCCAUAGUGGCUGCACCAAUUUACAUUCCCAGUGUAAAAAGAUUCCCUUUUCUCCACACCCUCUCUAGCAUUUAUUAUUUGUAGACUUUUUGUUGAUGGCCAUUCUGACUGAACACCAGUCAGCUUUAAUGCUGUCUUCAACUCUCCCAAGGCCCAGCGGGGGGAAGGGGUAGGCCCUUAACUGAAGGGGGCUGUGGGAGCUCUGGGAUCUCACCCCUCCGGGAGAGGCUCUGGGACGGCGCCCCUGCAGGGAAAGUUCAGUCAUUGGAGGGUGGAGAAGGAGCUAUAUUUGUUUGGCAGCCUGUGGGUCCCAGAAGUAAAGAGGUCCUUCCACAUGUAGUCAGAAGUAUGAGGGAGCUUUCAUCACCUGGGUCAUCAGCAGGACCCAGCAGGUGUAUGUCCAGCUGCCCUCAGGCUGCCUGGGGAUACCACCCAGCCUGCCCCUGUCGGCCCAGGUGGUGUUAGUCUGAUGCUCACUAGCCGGGUACAAGUCCCUGACCCACACCAUUGUUUAAAAAUAAAGUACUACAAAGCAGUUCUCCUUUACAUUUCGAAUAUAGCGUGGCUGCCUAAAUUGAAAGGACUGUGUUAUAAUCAGCUGGCAACAGGUAGUUUUAUUUUUCAGGCCUACAAGCUACUUCAGGGAAUAGUCUGGUAAGCAAAAAAACCAAACCAAACAAAAAAAAAAAACAAAAAACAGCUUAGUUACAAAAUGGAUUUGCUUUGGGGGUCCCAGUCUCAGGGAAGUGUUGUUCUGGGGACUUCUUACCAGUACAGCGUGUGAGGCCAGCUAAGGAUCUUAACACUGCAUAGUUUUCCUCUUAAACACCUGAGAGUUUGCAGUAUGCUCCUUUCUGCCCCCUGAAUUAAGGCAGCAGAGGUGCUGCUUUUUGGUGUGGCCUCUUCAUCGCCCCUCUAUGUGGCUGCAUCUCAGGCAAGAUCAGCCCCUGCUGGAUGGUGGCGCCUCGGCGCGGAUCCCCCAGGGAGGCUCCUGCGCUUCCCCGGCCGAGCCCUCCCCACGUUAUUGCGUUCACGUGUUUCACGUCUUCCCUGUUCCUGUGGACAGUCUGUGAAUGCAGAGUGUUCCUGAUUCCCCCAGAGCCUGGAACAGUGCCUGGCACAGAGCAGGUGCUCAAUGAACGAAACCCGUGUCCUUUCCUUUGCAAAUGAGGAGGUACUGUAGCAUUUGGGCCCCACUUUGUUUUCCCAGUAGAGAGGAUGGGUUUGCAGUGGUCCCUCACUGCAAUUCCCGGCAGCCCCAGAGGGGAAGUGCUGAUGUUUGGAUGCGUUACAGCCAGCCUCCGUGGGCGGGUGAAGGGCUGGAGCGGGGGAUGGCGAGAAGGAGAAGCUGUGUCCCCUGCGGGGUCCCCUGCUGAGCCGCUCCCUCCCCAGGCUCCUCCCCACCCCCAUGCCAGGAGCACAGGGAGUUAUUGCCUCCAGAGGGCCGCCUCCCGUGUCGGCGGGUCUUUGAUUCGUGCAGAGAGUCUGUGGCGGCUCUCGGGUUCCCCACUUUCCGGAAGGAGAGUGAAGCAGCUCGGCAGGAGGCUUGAGGCAGCGGUGGGGGUCAGGGUGAGCCUCCUUCUGUUCCUCGCCAUCCUCCCUCGCCUGCAGAGCCCCGCCACUUCUCUUAAAGGCCGAGCUUGUUUCCUCACUAGUCAACGUAAGGACACACACGCCACCAUGCCGCCCCCAGACUCAACUGAGACCUCCGGGAGCAUGGAACCUGACACCACGGCAGGAGGUGGUCAGGGGGUAUCGAAUAUUCUGGGUAAUUCCACACCAGCAAGGCCACCUCUAGCAAGUCCCCUUUCCCGUGAGAGCUUCGAGUCACGCAUUAUUAGCUUUCUGCUCACGUCACCGGCCCAAGCAGGGGUCUCGGUAGUUAUGCACAAUCGCAGAAGCAGCAUUGAGCAGGGCUGGGAGAAGCCGGUGGCCCUGCCACACGCAGCAGGGGUCUCUUCCCACCAAGGUCCCGACAGCACCGGGUCGCAUGGCAUCCUGUGCGUCCUGCCCGGGGCGCAGCUGGCGGAGGCCCCCGCCCUGCUCGGGGCUCCCCUCCGUUCCUCACCGCCUCCCUGAAGCCAGCCGCUCCUCCGGGCUGGGGCAGCGGGGCACAGUACAAAGUCCUGCAUCAGCUGUUCUCACUCUGCCACCUAGGCUGACUUCUUGCCUCUCACUCCAAGCCUCACGCUGCGCAGCCUCUCAGAUGCCCAGCAUCUUUUCAGCUUUCGAUGUUCCAGUUUCCCGCAGGCCCUGAUCCUGUCAUUGCUUCCUCUGUGGCUCCAGGACACGGCCAAACCCCACCCCCCAGCCCACGCUUCUCCGCUCUUCUUCCACGGGGGAUCCCAGCCCCCCGGUCGACAUCUCCCUUCAUACAUGAACCCUUCCCUUUGAUUGACGGGCUGGGUUGACCUCGAGAGUUCACGUAAUUGGACAGGGGACAACCAAGACACCCCCCCACCCUGACAACCUCUCUCUGCACUGCAGAACAGACAGUGUCAGGAAGGACCUAGUGCGGGGACACCUACCUGCCACCUUUGCCCUGCUCCUCAGCUCCAUGUUAUAGACAGGGUGACUGUGGAGCCCAUCUGUGUGAUACAGACAAGGAUGGAGAGAAGCGUCCUGAAUCCCACCUGCCUUCGAUCCUAUCUGACGCGUACCUGUCAUAUCUGAGCUGCAGUCUUUGGGAAGGAUAGCAGUAGUCACUUACUAGUGGCAGCUGUGUGGAGAAGGAGGGCCCAUCUUCUAGUGGGGGAGAGGGUGAUGAUUUGGAGUUUGCAAGCUGUAAAUACACAUGUUGACUCCUUACAAUUUUGGGAGGCCUGUGUCUGCUUCACCCGUUGAUUAAACAUAGGGCUUCAUGGGGGAUGGAAAUGAGGCAGGGGAUAUUGUCCCAGCCACUGAGUUAUGAAGGUCUUGUGAAGGCUGAUGGUCCUUCUCCCAGCUCCCUGCUGUACUCUGGAGCAGAGCCAGGGGUGCAGGCAUGUGGAGACCCAGCAAUUUACUGCCAUCUGCUGAAACUUGCUUUUUCUUUUUUCAUAUUUGUUAUAUCUACAUUCUUAUAUUUUAUAAAUUUAUUUCUAUUAAAAUGAUUUUAUGUAUUAUUUAUUUAUUGUUAUACAUUUAUAUGUUUAUGUACACAUUUACAUAUUUAUACAUUAUCAAUAUAUAAAUAUCAAGAUAUAUAAUAAUAAUAUAUAAAAUCAAUAUAUAUAUCAAUAAAUAUCAACAACAUAUAAAUAAAAGGACUGUAUACUGAAGUCCCAUGUAUUAUC